GGACAGUGGGCUUUAAUAGCUAUGGAGUAAAUGUAUUCACUAUCACCUAAUCACAGCCAGAUUUCCCCAACCAGGAUCCAUAGUGAUUGACUGACAUUGCCCUACUUUGCAAUCAAAUGUGUGAGCACCUUCAUGAUUUGAUGAGAUGGUAGACUCUGGGGACUCCACCUUAUCCCUGGACAAUCUGUUUUUUGAGAAACCCAUUGUCCACAAAGUAAAACCACUGCACCAGGAUGUCAGCCCAUGGCAGCUGGAAGUGCCUCCAUCUCUUUCUCAGGUUCCAUCCACUCAGGAUAUGCAGAAGGAGGCAGAGUCUCUCUCCACCCUAUAUAAUUUCUCACAGGUACCCAAGACAUGCCUGCCUCCUUUUAAAGGAUCAGCUGGCCUUAAGGUUUUACCAUCAAAAAUCAACAGUCCUUUCAAUAAUCAAAACAUUUUUGAGGACACUAAUAGUGGCAACAAUAGAAGAUCUGAUGACUUUUGGGGAGGUGAAGGGUUCAGGGAUGAUUCUAGUGGCAGAAGUGGAGAUGAAACCUUGCAGAACUCUGGUCAUGCAGCCAUCAGCAGGAGGGGAAGGUCUCUGGAAUGCAGCAAAAGCCCACCACUACGGAAAAGCUUGUUCAAGGUUCAGUUGUUGAAUAGUGGAGGUGACUCGUCAAACACAGAUGACCUCAGAAGCAGCAUCAACAGCCAGACAGCAUCCAGACCUCAAACUUUUCUCAGUCCGGUUACCAUGGCGACAGUGCCUCCUCCUCUUCAGCCGCCACUGGUGACAGUUAGCCAGGCAGCUCCUCCUUUCUCCCCCUUCCCACCCCCUCCUCUGGGCUCAUCUGCAGCGAGUGACCAACCCCCGCAGAAGGCGGCACAUGCUGAGAUGCGGGACAAGGGCACAAAGAGAGCCUUCGUUCCACCCAUGACGCCGCAGCCGCUUCACAUACAAGGGUCCUCUGGGUCUGGAGUUUUGCGACCGGUUUCUGAAAUCCCAGCGAAGUUCAGAUCUGUCUUCAAGGACUUUCCCUUUUUCAACUACGUUCAGUCCAAAGCACUUGAUGAUGUUCUUUACACGGGUAAAAACUUUGUAGCAUGUGCUCCUACUGGAUCUGGUAAAACGGUUCUAUUUGAGCUGGCCAUCAUUCGUCUAUUAAUGGAGACCCCAGAGCCCUGGAGAGACGUCAAAGCUGUCUAUAUGGCCCCUAUCAAAGCUCUCUGUAGUCAGUGCUUUGAGAGCUGGAAGAAGAAGUUUGGUCCCCUGGGGCUGAACUGUAAGGAGCUGACAGGCGACACAGAGAUUGAUGACUUCUUUGAGAUUCAGGACUCCCACAUCAUCCUGACCACGCCUGAAAAAUGGGACAGCAUGACAAGAAAAUGGAAGGACAACUGUCUGCUGCAGCUAGUCAGGCUCUUUCUUAUCGAUGAGGUGCAUGUGGUGAAGGAUGCGACACGUGGUGCCACGCUGGAAGUUGUGGUGAGCAGGAUGAAGGCCGUACAUGCCUACAGAACAGCACAAAAUCCGGAGACAGGCCUCUCUAUGAGGUUUGUGGCUGUAUCAGCCACCAUACCCAACCCCUCUGAUAUAGCAGACUGGCUUUCCAAUGAGAGUGGUCCAGCCACAUAUCUGGACAUGGACGAGAGCCAUCGUCCAGUAAAGUUGAGAAAGGUGGUACUGGGAUUCCCCUGCAGCCCGAACCAAACAGAGUUCAAGUUUGACCUGUCGCUCAACUACAAGAUGGCCAACAUCAUACAAACGUACUCUGACCAGAAGCCUGCAUUAGUGUUUUGCUCUACAAGGAAAGGAGUCCAGCAGUCAGCUGCAGUUCUGGCCAAGGAUGCUCGGUUCAUUUUGAGCAUUGAGCACAAGCAACGGCUGAUGAAAUAUGCAAGCACUAUUCUGGAUUCAAAACUGAGAGAUCUGGUGAUGUUAGGAGUUGGUUACCAUCAUGCAGGAGUUGACUUGUCGGAUAGGAAGUCGAUAGAAGAGGCCUUUACUAUGGGAGACCUGCCUGUCCUCUUUACCACCAGGACUCUGGCCAUGGGGGUGAAUCUGCCAGCUCAUCUGGUGGUGAUCAAGUCUACCAUGCAGUAUGUGUCAGGCACCUGUGAGGAGUACAGUGAGGCGGACUUGCUGCAGAUGAUAGGCCGAGCCGGAAGACCACAAUUUGACACAUCAGCAACUGCAGUGAUCAUGACCAAGAUUCAAACCAAAGACAAGUACAUGAAUCUCAUGAAUGGGGCAGACAUCAUCGAGAGCAGCUUACACAGUCACCUGGUGGAGCACUUGAAUGCAGAGAUUGUUCUCCAAACCAUCAGUGAUGUGAACAUGGCUCUGGACUGGAUACGCUCGACCCUCCUCUACAUCAGAGCCCUCAAGAACCCCACACACUAUGGUUUCUCUGCCAACUUAGACAGACAUGGAAUUGAAGCAAAAUUGCAAGAACUGUGUCUGAAGAACCUCAACUCUCUGUCCUCUAUUGGUCUGAUCGACAUGGAUGAGGAUAUCAACAUCAAACCAACAGAGGGCGGCAGGUUGAUGGCUAGGUUCUGUGUUGCCUUUGACACCAUGAAACAGUUCAGCAAAGUGGCUGGCACCGAGAACCUGUCUGACCUGAUUGAGUUAAUUUCGAAGAGCAGAGAGUUCAGCGACAUUCAGUUGAGAGUGAAUGAGAAGAAGUCCCUGAACACCUUGAACAGGGACAAGAACAGGACCACCAUCAGAUUUCCCAUUGAGGGAAAGAUCAAAACCAGUGAGAUGAAAGUGAACUGCUUGAUUCAGGCUCAGUUGGGUACCAUCCCAAUUCAAGAGUUUGGACUUACACAGGACAUAGGAAGGAUCUUCAAGAAUGGGAUGCGGAUCAGCAAAUGCCUGUCAGAGUUUCUGAGCCACCGAUCCAAGACUGGAUUCUCUGCUGUGCUUAAUUCCCUGGUCCUGGCGAAGUGCUUCAGAGCCAAGCUUUGGGAAAACUCGCCCUUUGUUUCCAAACAGCUGGAGAAGAUAGGUCAGAGUCUAUCAACUGCCAUGGUGAACGCUGGGCUCACCACUUUCAGCAAAAUAGAGCAAACCCACGCCAGAGAGCUUGAGCUGAUUCUCAACAGACAUCCACCAUUUGGCAACCAAAUUAGAGAAUCUGUCAUUCACCUUCCGACAUAUGAAGUUACAUUGGAGCAGCUUCCGAGGUAUAGCUCUGUUACGGCGGAGAUUGUGGUGAAGGUGAACCUUAACAACCAAGCACAGCUGUUGUCCAGGAGAACAGCUCCAGACCACCACUAUGUCUCUCUGAUUAUCGGGAACUCCGACAACACCGUGGUCUUCCUACAAAAACUCACAGACUCUGUGCUGUUGAAGUGUGGCAGCUGGUCGAAGAAGAUUGAGGUGACACGGGCCUCAAAAGGAGAGGAGAUCAGUGUCAAUCUCAUCAGCUCACAAUAUGUGGGCCUGGACAUCCAACAGAAGUUCAAUGUCUACUACUCUGGAGCCAGGAGGUACGGAACUGAUAAUCCAUACAACAAAACGUAUGAUCCGACUGGACAGAGGCCACAGCCACUGAAACCACAGUCUACAGAUCAGGAUGGAACUCAGAGCGAGUAUGCCACAUCUGCUACAGACCAAGAUUCAGGCAAUAAAAGACAGUGCAACCACUUCUGCAAGAAUAAGGAUCUCUGUGGCCAUGACUGCUGUAAAGUAGGUGUAAUUGUGGCACGGAAGCGGUCAGCAAAUCCAGAAUCAGGGUUCUUUUCCUAUUUGAAAGACCUGAGAACCAGGUGUGACACACUCCCACAGACUCCUGUCAAACGACUCAAGAUGAAAAUGAGCAUGGAGGAGUCUGUCUCUGUCGGCAUGCAGGACUUUGCUUACAAACCUAAGGAGAGGCUACCUACUGUUUCCUGGAAUGGAGAAAGUCAGUAUAAAGCUUCAGUGAGACCUUGCUCUGAGAUCGUGGAUCUAACGGGAGAAGACAGCGUUCAGCUGCCAGACAAAGUUCCUCUGGUCGAUGACGUUGACGGUGAUUUUGAGGACUAUGAGGAGGACGUGUACAGGAUGAUGGAGGAGCCUGUCCAAACACCUGCUGCGUUUCAGGCUCACCCUCAAAGGUGGAUGAACCCAGGAACCAGUGUUGGUGUGAGUCAGAACCAUAAACCGCUUCUAAACCAGAUCAAUACAACCUCUUACUCAAAGAGGUCUACUGCGGGCUCAAACCAGGGUGCUCACUAUGAAAAUGCUUCAUCCUCACAAAUACCAACUGUCAGCUUUGACCUGGGAAAUGAAUGGGACGACUGGGGCGACUUUGAUGACGAGAACUUGGUGCACGCCAGCGAGACGUCAUCGGCCUCUUGUCCAACUAAUGCUAAAGUCCAGCAGUCUCUUUACAUGCCAGGCUUUGCCGCUCCAUCUGCACCAGUACUCAGUCACUCACAAGUCAAACCCUGUAUAACCACUGCCAGAACACCACUGAGGUUGAUGCCACCAACUUUAAAUCCUGAGAUCAGAGAACCAGGACCCUCAGUGACCCUCAGACCACAGAACAAAAUCACACUAGACUGGAAUAAAAAGAGACCAAGCAUAUUCAGUGAAGAGAUCACAGUACAUACACCAGAAAAUCUCCCAAAGCAGACUGAGACCCGCGUGACCCCACUCACUAGAAGUUUUGGUUUCUUCUCAACAAUGAGCGUCCCAUCCAACACCAGCUCAUCUGUCAACAGAAGCAGCAACUGCAAAGAAGAGGAAGCUUUCCUUGGGAUAUUUGAUGGUAUAUUUUAGAAGUAUUGCUUGUCUUACUGGGACAUGAAUAUGUGGUUAACAUAAAGUGUUUUCUUAAUGUUUAUGGUCAUAUUUUGUUAACCGGUGAGCUUUACAUGAAGAGUUAUAGACUGUUUUGAAGUCAUGUUAUUGUAUGUUUAUAUUGUAAAUGAAACUAUUUGUUCUAAUGUAAUGUAAUUUAUUAAAUUAUUUAUUUAUUUAAUAAAGUCUGUUUAUUGGAUAAUUCAGUGCAGUCUGUGGAAUAAAUUAGCAUGGAGUUUAAUUAGAAGUAGCUUUGUGAAGUGUUUUAGGUGUGUAAAUAGAUGAGAAGUCUGCCCUUGUUUGUCUGAACA